UUUGGCUCAGAACUUUGACUGAACUCCUCGCACCGCCUCUAGAACAGCCAUGAGCUCCUGGUCUCGGCUGCUCGUGGAAUUCCCAUCCUCUCGCCUCGACAUCUACCGCUUUACUGGCCUGUUGCAGCGAUCUUCCUGGCGAACCGCGGCCUUCCUCCUGGAAGCGGCUUCUGAGCGACUGCUUCAGACAGAUGCCGUGGCAUGGAAUGCUGGCGUCAGUGCCAUGAAAACUGCAUCAUGGCGGCGGUCGCUGGAUCAGUUGAGAUCUAUGGAGGUGCGGGCGCUGGAGCCCACAGCCGUGACGCACAACAUCUUGAUGGCAUGUACCACGUGGCGCCAGUCCCUUGAACGCUUCCGGCAAGCGGGGGAGCUGGACAUUUUUUCCUUUAGUGCUUGCAUGGGCGCGUAUCUGGAUGGCGACUUGUGGCAGCACGCUCUUCAGACAUUUUGGGAUAUCCGAGACCUUGGGGUACAACUGAAUCCAGUGUUGCGCACAUUGGCCUUGGGUUCCGACUGGACCUCUGCCCUGGUGCUCUUCGGGGACUUCCGAAGAUCCGGGCUGGUGGACGGCAGCUUUAUGUGCAAUGCGCUGAUGAAGUGUUUUCCGUCCUGGCAGCUUCCUUUGCAUCUCCUGGGAGACAUGGGACAGAUGCGAGUUGCCGCUGGCACCAUUUCCUACAGCUCUGCCAUUAGUAUGUGUGACAAGUCUGCCAAGUGGCGCCACUCCCUUGCACUUCUAUGUCGCAGCAUGCCGAAUGAGGUCACGUACGGUUCCGUUAUAUCUGCAGAAACCAAGGGAAGCCAAUGGAAGUCAUCCCUGUGCUUGCUUCACGACAUGUUACCGCGGCGGAUUUAUCUUUCUCGCAUUGGCUGCAAUGCUGCCAUAACAUCAUGCGAGAAGGGGGUCGCUGAAAGAGGCUCGUAUGAGAAGGAGGCCACACCUUGGCCAUUUGCUCUGUGCAUCAUGGAUAUGUUUGCAGACGGCCUGCAAGCAAACACUGUCACGCACAACGCAGCUAUCAGCACCUGUGAAAAGACAGGACAGUGGUCCUUGGCAGGAGCAGCACUGGAGACCAUGGCAUUCAAGAGCAUUCAGCGAGAUACCAUUAGCUUCAACGCGGCUGUGAGUGCCUGUGACGAUGACGAAAGCCGCUGCUGGCACAUUGCGUUGGCUCACCUCAGGAGCAUGUGCCGACUUCGUGUUGACGGCACCACCGUCACCUUCAACGCUUCCAUUUCGGCCUGUCGGGCGCGCUGGGCUGCGGUGGUGGACCUUUUUGCUAGCCUCGGCCGGCAAGUGGCGAAGGACACCUGCAGUCUGCAGAUUUUGAUGGGCGCCUGUGAAUUCCACUGCCCUUGGGCGGCCUGCUUGGACUUGCUCAGCGAGGAGGACAGCAGCCCCGCCUGGGCAUUCUUCGUGCACCGCUCUCUUCGCUCUGUUCCCAUUGGCUUGGAUUCGCUGCGGGACAUGUGAGCAACGGACGGGGUUCGGGGGGGGUCCAAUUCUGAGAACACCCACCCAAUAGUCACCAUGAGCCUAUGCUUCAUUUGAACAGACGAGAAGGGGGAACCACCCCAGAUUCUGUAUUUGAAGGAGGGGCACCAUCCAACUGAACCAUAAAGCCAGGCUUUGCGAGGAUAUGAGAGACCAACUUUCCUCAGUUGCUUCUGCCGCGCGCGGUGCUUUGGCGCUCUGAAGAGUGCUUACUGAGUCGCUGUGCGUCUUUUUCAGGGAAGCAGCUUUGCUCGUGAGUUCAUUGGCGCUGGCAGGCGGAACAAACGUGCAUGCAGAGG